GAUCUAACAAACUGGGGAUUACCGAUUCUUGGUGAAGUUUCGCAAAAUCGGUAGUUUUGGAGUGCGUCUGUGGUGACACUAACUUACACUUAAUUUUUUGUUAAACAUAAUGAGUCUGCUUUGAUGUAUUGUCGGACCUUGUUUAGUCUGUCGCACUCCUGAGCCUGACAUCAUCCAUCAUGGGGAUGGUGAGCAGUUGCUGCGGCCGGCGGCCCAACAAAAGUCGUCUCCACAGCCACAGUGAGAGGGCAGAUUACAAGAAGGGCAAACGACUCGUCAGCGCCUCCUACAACGCUCAGGAAUUCGACAUGACCUUUGACCAGAUGAAUAUUAAUGAAGCCUCCGAGGAGGAGCUGAUGACCUUACAAGGAGUCACGCGAAACAUCGCCAAGAACAUCAUCUCUUACAGACACCACAUAGGGGGCUUCCGAAAACCAGAAGACUUGGUGUUAGUGUCGGGCGUGGGCGCCACAAAACUGGAAGCCUUCCGGACGGAAGUCUACUGCGGCCCUUACGCUGUGACCUCCCACAUCGACAAGGUUCCGAGCCGGACGUCCUACCACCGGGUCAACUCGAAGGUUUCAUUUGAGAACAAAGUCAACGUGAACACGGCCGCGGUCCCCGCGCUUGCCAAAGUCCUGAGCAUUGGCCACGAGUUUGCUGAGAUUAUUGUGAGGCACCGAGAGGAGCACGGACCCUUCACGUUGAUCACGGACGUGGGCAAGAUCCCCGAGAUCGGCUCGUACCGGUUUGAGCUCAUGCGCAACCACCUCACAGUCGGCGAAAGCUCAGAGAGCACCGUGUCCACUCCCUCGUUUCUGGAAAUGCGUAAGUUGUUGCACUCGGAAGAAGAGGAUGUUAGUGGAAGUGAGGUUCAAACUUCAAAGUCCUCUCGGAAUUCCCCAAGGAAACUCGCAAGUCAGGCAACACAGACUGACCAGAUCUUCUUGCCACUGAUCAUGACCUCCGUGGAGGCCUGGGCUCGGCCAGUCGUUGACCUUCCAUCAGACAAUGAUAGCAACAAGAGGAGCACAGUCCGAACUGGCACGUGGAACCUUCAGCAAUUUAGCAGAGAAAAGGCUGAAAACCUCGGUGUAAAAGAAGUCAUCUGUAUGACCAUAUUAGAAAAUAGGCUGAGUGUGCUGGCCGUGCAAGAAAUAGCAGACAAGGAUGCCUUAGCUGUUAUAUGCGCAGAGUUGAAUGACCCAACGUUGGCCGUUGUACGGAAUUGGCCGAGUCCCAGGGGCAUCUGGAAAUGUGUGACAUCAGAAUCGGCAGGGAGGAUGUUCCAGGGUGUGGAGUACAACGGUUUCCUGUGGAACACAUCGGACGGCGUGACCCUCACAGAAUCGGCACUUCUGCAGUCUCCCAAGCGAAGCACCAACGGCAAGAGGCACUUUGCCCGCAAACCCUUCCUGGGUUACUUCAAGCUCCAGGAACUGGACGUGGUUCUCAUCUCAGUUCACCUGAAAUUCCCCGGGCUGAACAACAACUCAAGAGACAAGCUAGAGGAAGAAAUCAGUCAGUUAUCACUCCUUAACGAUGCCCUAGAAGAGCAACUACCAGAUGAGAAUGACAUUCUGAUCGUGGGAGACUUCAACAGCGCCCCCUCUGCCCCCGACUUCAAGGCUCUCACGACAGCUGGGUUCAGCUACGCCAUCGCAGAGGACCGCUUCACCAACAUCAGUACCAAGAACCCAGAGGGAUCACAUUGCUAUGACAACGCAUGGUUCAGCAAAAGCUUACACAAGAUCCACACUGGCGAGUCGCACGUAGUGAGGGAAGGCCUGACGCACCCCCUGAUACCAGACAACUGGUCCUGGGGUGGGGUGGUGUCGGACCACUGCCCGCUGUGGGUGGAGUUCUACUCGGAUUGUGACCUGGACGAGGGAGGUCCGGGAAUCUUGGCCCAGUUAUCCAAGGUGAGGAUACUGGCAAAAUAGUGGAACAGCCGUCAAACGAGAGGAAUUGGAUUGUAACAAAAUUCACAUCACAAGCUGAAAACCUGCCGAGCUGAAAACCUGCCCGUGUGAAGACUAGUCUAGAGAGUAGACGUUGUUAUUGUUUGAUACGCGAUAACCGGCAGCGGCCGCGAUAACACGCUGUCGCGAGAGGGCGCUAUCACGACUAACCAAUAUCGCCCACGGACUUGUCACUAACGUCUAGGGAAACUCGUAUUGGUUGUGUAAUGCGCGCACCUGUUUGGCCUAAUAUAUGCAGCGUGCAAUUCAAAAUAAUUAUAGUAGUUCCAAAGCAAACUUUCAAAUUUCUUCCAGUGCAAUUAAGAUGCAGCAAGACCUUUGUUUAACUUCACUGGUCAGUCCUUUUGUUGUGUAGGACUGAAAAUGGACCGCAAUUGCCUGCAGAAGUCGCGUAUAUGCACUAGUUUUUCAGGGGGAGAUUUCAGCAGAUUCACUAGACCUUGUUCUGACAAGUCCGUGGGCGAUAUUGGUUCGUGGUGAUAGCGCCCUCUUGCAGCGACGGGUUAUCGCAGCCGCGGGUUAUCGCGUAUCAAAUCAAACCAGAACAAUGUCUAGCCCCUAGACUAGUGAAGACCAGUGUUUUGGCAAAAUGGGACGGAACUGAGCGGAGGUCGAAUUGAGGGUUUGGAGGUAGUAGAAAAGAGAAAUAAAAUUCUCCUUAAUACAUUUCUGUUUGUUGCACUUCAAUUGGACAUUCUGUUGACAAGUUUUGGCUGUUAAAGGUUCGCAUUUAGCGACAUGCCAAAAAAGUAAGAUACUGAGCAAAAAGCCUUUAAACUUUUGAGUUUUGUAGUCGUUUAAAAGAAAGAUGCCAAAUCUGUUUUCCUUAAAAGCACUUUUAUUGCACUAUAUUGAUACUGUUUCUUUUAAUAGUAAACAUGUCAAUGAUUACAUAUAUUGAUAAAUCUGAAAUUGGGGGGAGGGGGGUCGCCCCAUUUGUGUUUUUUUUUUUUUUUACAUUUUUCUCCAUAAUGGCCUGUUUUCAGUGCCAUCUCAUUUUGCCAGAACGCCUCACAUUUUUCCUGUCCAAAACAAACACGAUUGUCCACCAAAACCGUAGAAUGCACGGGCAGCCAGUUUGGGGCGGUGCAGAGAGUAACAGGCAGUGUGUUUGGGGCAGUAUCAGGUAUGGGUUGAACAGUAUACUUUGCUCUGUGCGCUGUCGGAGUAAAAUUAUUGAAAUUACAUGUAUGUGCCAAGUUUUAACUGAUCUUGUUGGUUGCAUAGAAAGUUGAAGACGGUAGAAUUCCACUUACUAUUGACCCCAGUAGACUUUCGUUCGUUUGUUUUUUUUGCUGUGUGUAUCCUGAACUGAAAAUAAUUAAAUCUACGCAUUAACACUACCUGUAAGAAUAAUGAAUUACAGUGAAAUCUCGAAAAGUCAAACCUCAAAGAAACAGGUUUCAAAAUUUGACUUAAGCAGAGUUUUGAGUUAAGCAGGGUUGUACGUAUAUCAUUGUUAUACUACUGAAGGGAAUGGAUUCUUUGUUUGACUUGACAGUUGUUUUGAGUUAUCAGAGUUUGACUUUAAUAUCGAGAUUUCACUGUACAUGUAGCUUAUUGAAUAAAGCAGUCAAGGCUUGUGAUAUGAUACUUUUUUAUUGGGAAUGUUGCAACAACAAAAAAUUGAAAUCUCCAAUAUUGGAAAUUGGGUAUUUGAUUAAAUCUUAAAAUGAUAAGCCAAAUAUACAUUUAUAGAUCUACACUGUACAUGUACAAUGCAGAUAGGUGUGUGAUUUAAAUUCUCUUCUCACUUUUGACGUUUUUUGAUAUUCAAAUAAUUUUAAACAAAACUGUGUGUGUCUGUCUGUUUAAUAUUUGUUGUCAGUGGUCAAAACAACCACUGCUCGUGAAAGGAAUUUUUGUCAGUAAAUACGAAUUUUCAAGAUUUUUUUCCAGACAUGGUGCAUAAAUUGAGUAAAAUAGGCCUUUAUAAAUAUGGAUUGUUGUUAAUUAUGCAAAUACGUUAUGUUGAAUAAUGUUAUCUUCUAUUAAUAUUAACCAAAUAAGGUAAGACUGUACAGAUGUAUAGUAGUUUCAAUGACAAAAUUGGUGCAAUUAUUCUCAUGUUACUAUGAAUUACUCUGUAAAUGGUGAUAUAGUUUGCCUACUUGUAUACUUGAUGCACACAGGUUUUUUUCUUAAUUUUGUUUCCAAAACUUGAAAAAAUGUAUGUACAUUUUCCAGCUGCAAAUGAUUUGAAUGGGGGAGCGUGUUUGAGAUAUCCAUUUUAAUAUGUGAAUGUGCAUGUACAUGCACAAUUGCACAUCAAAUAAGAUUGCACUACAUUGUAUAAAUAAAAGAUUAAAGGGCCAUGCAAUGAAUUUUUCUUAGGAACACAUUUUGUGCAACUUUCUGCUCCUCUUAGAAGUAUGAACACUUUUUGAUACCCCAUUUUGGUUAUUUGAUUGAAAAGUGCACUUCUCUGAACAUUAAAAUUCCUUGCUUUUCCAGACGACUGAGGGCGCUGUUGCUGUGAUGUCAUUUCAAGAAGACACUGUUCAGGGGUUUUCCUUUCAAAUUGUGAACCUGACAUUUGCUCAUUGAAAACAUUUGUGAGAAAGGUUGCACAUUGGCUUACUGCCAUGUACUGACACAACAACGAAUCACCAAAGAAAAGAACAUAGUUUACAACAGCAACAUAUCCCAAAUUCUUGCAACUUUUUGCGCUGCGAUAGCUGUAAUAAUAAGGUUUCUGCCCGGAAUGACAUCACAGAUUUGCUGAUGAAUACGGAAAUUGGCAUUAGCCAAAAAACCACAUAAAAAUUAGCAAAAGCCAAGUAUGUACCUGUGCACACAUGAUUGGCUUUUGUAGCACUAUAAUCUUACACUGGUGUACGUAUGUGUACAUACCUGUUCAUCCUUGAUAAGCUGCUGGCAGUUUAUCGUUCAAGGCGUCCCGCACCAACUCUUUUUACAGUUCAACUAUUGCUCAUAAAUUUUGUGUAUAUAGUACCAGGUUUGACAUUUGCAAUAUAAAACAAGAUGAAUUUGAUAAUUUUUGUUUCCAUUUCUGUUUCACCAAAUGACGUUAAGAACAAACUUGCGACAAUUUGUAUAUUGAAUGAUGAUGCCAGUAUAACUAAUUUAUUAUAUGUAUUUUGAAUGCAUUGCUAUGUGAAGGGACAAAAAUCAAAGAACUUUUUUUACCAACAAAUUUGAUUGGAUUAACAAUAAAUUAACAAAUAAGACAAACAUGUGUGGAUCAGUGGCAUGCAUGUAGCCUUGAUUCUGACAUGUAUUGUACAUGUACCGCGGUAGUUGAGUGAUUUACUAAGAAUUGAGAAGAUGCAUAUUAAAUGUUACAUUGUACAUGUACAUGCCAAAGGAUUUUAAGCAUUUCUGCACACUUCCACCCAUAAAGAGCCUAUCAAACGAAACCUUUAAUCUUCAUUUUAAGGUUCAUUUUAGGUUUGAUUUUAGGGAGUGGGAGCCAGUCUACAUGUGGGCACAGCAUAAACAUGUAAAUUGAAUUUGUUCAUGUACAUUGACACAUGUACUGAUGUACAUGUAGGGGGUGCAUACCUAUGUUUCCCAAUACCGAUGUUCCCCAAUACCGAUGUACCCCGAAAUCCCUACCCAAUAACCCUAACCCUUACACUAACCCUAUAGCCCUAGCGCUAACCCUAACCCUUGCCCUAAUCCUAAGGAUUUCGGGGAAUAUCGGUAGUGGGGAACAACGGUAGUGGGGAACAUCGGGUAGACCCCCAUGUAGGUGUAUCUCAUGUGCAUUACAUUCGUGUGCUUUGUUAAUUGCAAAAUAUACAUGUACUUGUAAUAAGGUGUAUGCUUCCGUAAAAAAA